AUGCCAGAUAAAAACGCUGAAAGUCACGACAAAGGCAACCUUGUUGGCUCCAUUGCCGGGUCAGUUUUGGGAGCAGACGCGGGCAACAAACUGCAUCUUGGAACUGUUGGUGGUAUCGCCAGUAGCGUUUUAGGAUCAGGUCAAGGUUCAAAAGCUGAGAACAAGAUUAAAGAAAAGAUCAACAAUCAUUGA